AUGAGUGCUUCGCGUGCUUUGAGGGCCUCAUCUGGGCUCUUCAGAAACAGCACACUUUCAACGCGCUCUCCAGCUGCCCAACAAUGGCUCUGCCGGCGAUGCGCGUCCACGACUGUGCUCAGUGGCUACUCUGGUGGCCCGAGGCCUCAGACUGCACAAUGGCCUCCUGACCAUCGGUGGCAGCGGCGAAGAGGUGCUGCUGGCGCUGCGGCGGCGAUGCUUGAAGAAGCAUCUGAUCCCGACUCGCUCGCCCAGGAGACAAUUAUUGAGAACAUGUCCUCGGAAGAGGCUCAUCGACUGUCCAAGGUUAGAAACAUUGGUAUUGCGGCGCAUAUUGAUUCCGGCAAGACGACGGCGACAGAACGAGUCCUAUUCUAUACCGGCCGUAUUAGUGCAAUCCAUGAAGUUCGUGGCAAGGAUGCUGUUGGCGCGAAGAUGGACUCGAUGGAACUGGAGAGAGAGAAGGGCAUCACCAUCCAAUCCGCUGCCACGUUCUGCGACUGGAUCAAGAAAGAGAAUGGCAAAGAAGAGAAAUACCACAUCAAUUUGAUUGACACGCCUGGCCACAUUGACUUCACCAUUGAGGUCGAGAGAGCGCUACGAGUGCUCGAUGGAGCCGUCAUGAUUCUAUGCGCCGUGUCUGGUGUGCAGAGUCAAACCAUUACCGUGGACCGCCAAAUGCGAAGGUACAAUGUCCCCAGAAUCACAUUCAUCAACAAAAUGGACCGGAUGGGAGCCAAUCCUUUCAAAGCCAUCGACCAAAUCAAUUACAAGUUGAAGAUUGCCGCAGCCGCUGUACAGGUUCCGGUGGGCACCGAAGAUGAUAUCCGAGGACUGGUCGAUUUGGUUACAAUGAAGACUUACUACGCCGAGGGUGCUCGUGGCGAGAUCAUCAUUACAAAGGACGAGAUACCAGCCGAAGUGCAAGACCUGGUCAACGAACGCCGUGCAAAGCUCAUUGAGACCGUCGCCGAUGUUGAUGAGGAAAUGGCUAACAUGUUCUUGGAUGAAGUCGAGCCCACUGUGGAGCAACUCAGAGCCGCAAUUCGACGUGCAACCAUUUCGCGUAAAUUCACACCGGUUUUCAUGGGAUCCGCUUUGGCAGAUAAAUUCAUCCAGCCUAUGCUUGACGGCGUUUGCGACUAUCUCCCCAACCCGGGCGAGGUCGCAAACAUGGCACUGGAUACACGGAACAAGGAGAAACCGGUCAAACUCAUCCCUUACAACUCGCUUCCGUUUGUAGGACUCGCUUUCAAGCUCGAAGAAUCCAACUUUGGUCAAUUGACUUAUAUUCGAGUGUAUCAAGGUGCUCUUCGAAAGGGUACCAAUGUGUUCAACGCUCGAACAGACAAGAGGGUCAAGAUCCCUCGUAUCGUUCGUAUGCAUUCCAACGAGAUGGAGGAUGUGACGGAAGUCGGUGCCGGUGAAAUCUGCGCGGUGUUCGGCGUCGAUUGUGCAUCUGGAGAUACUUUCACCGACGGUCAGCUUGGUUAUACCAUGACCAGUAUGUAUGUUCCGGAACCGGUCAUCUCUCUCAGCAUCAAGCCCAAGAACAACAAGGAUCUGCAGAACUUUUCCAAGGCCAUCGCACGCUUCCAACGCGAGGACCCCACGUUCCGCGUUCACUUCGAUACCGAGAGUGAACAGACGAUUAUUUCCGGUAUGGGUGAAUUGCAUCUCGAGGUCUAUGUCGAGCGUAUGCGACGAGAGUACAAGGUCGAUUGCGAAACUGGUCCGCCACAAGUUGCUUACCGCGAGACCAUCACCAAGAGGACCGAAUUCAACCAUCUCCUCAAGAAACAAACUGGUGGUGCUGGUGAUUAUGCUCGUGUUGCCGGAUGGAUGGAGGCCAAGGGCAACCUGGAGGGCAAUCACUUCGAAGAGCAAGUCAUCGGUGGCUCAAUUUCCGAGAAGUUCUUAUUCGCCUGUGAAAAGGGCUUUCACCUAUCUUGUGAGAAAGGCCCUCUCAUUGGCCACAAAGUCCUGGGCGCCUCUAUGGUCAUCAACGACGGCGCAACCCACAUGACUGAUUCCAGUGAGAUGUCCUUCAAAAAUGCCACGCAACAGGCUUUCCGAAACGCUUUUAUGCAGGCAGAUCCGAUCGUUCUCGAACCUUUGAUGAAGGUUGUCGUGACCGCCCCCACCGAGUUCCAAGGUAACGUUGUCGCCAUGAUGCAGAAACGAAGCGCUGUCAUCAACGAUACUGAGGUCGGUGUCGAUGACUUCACCGCCUACGCAGACGUCAGUUUGAACGGCAUGUUUGGAUUCAGCAGCAAUCUCCGUGCCAUGACUCAAGGAAAGGGUGAAUUCAGCAUGGAGUUCAGUCACUACGAGCGUGCUCCGCAGCAGUUACAGAAAGAGUUGGUUUCUAAAUACCUCAAAGCUCAGGCAGAGAGGCAUAAAAAGUAA